AUGCCGGCCUCAGCCGCGCGGCCCCGCCCGGGCCCCGGGCCGCCUCCCGGCGCGCAUUUCCCGCUGAUGCUGUUGGCGGUGCUGAGCGGCCCGGUGUCCGGCCGCGUUCCGCGCUCGGUGCCCAGGACCUCGCUUCCCAUCUCCGAGGCUGACACUUACCUUACCCGGUUCACCGUCCCUCAGACAUACAAUUACUCUGUUCUCCUUGUGGAUCCUGCUGCUCAUACACUUUAUGUCGGCGCCCGGGACGCCAUCUUCGCUUUAUCUCUGCCCUUCUCAGGGGAGAGACCUCGAAGGAUUGACUGGAUGGUGCCUGAGGCCCACAGACAGAACUGUAGGAAGAAAGGCAAGAAGGAGGCCGUGUCCAGUUUCCAGCAGGUUGAAAGAAUUGAGAGUGGCCGGGGGAAAUGUCCUUUUGAGCCAGCUCAGCGAUCAGCAGCUGUAAUGGCUGGGGGGGUUCUCUAUGCUGCCACUGUGAAAAACUACCUGGGGACGGAGCCGAUUAUCUCCCGGGCUGUGGGCCGUGCAGAGGAUUGGAUUCGGACAGAGACCUUGCCAUCCUGGCUUAACGCUCCAGCCUUUGUCGCAGCCGUGGCCUUGAGGCCAGCUGAGUGGGGGGAUGAAGAUGGAGACAAGGAAAUCUACUUCUUCUUUACGGAGACUUCUCGAGCAUUUGACUCAUACGAGCGCCUUAGAGUUCCUCGGGUGGCCCGUGUGUGCGCGGGGGACCUUGGGGGCCGGAAGACCCUCCAGCAGAGGUGGACGACCUUUCUGAAGGCUGACCUGCUGUGUCCAGGGCCUGAAGAUGGCCGGGCCUCUAGUGUCCUGCAGGACGUGGCUAUUCUUCGACCUGAGACUGGAGUGGGGGCCCCCAUCUUUUAUGGCAUCUUUUCCUCCCAGUGGGAGGGCGCUGCCAUCUCGGCUGUCUGUGCCUUCCGACUACAAGACAUUCGGACAGUGCUGAGUGGUCCCUUCAGAGAGCUGAAACAUGACUGCAACAGGGGACUGCCUGUCAUGGACAGUGAUGUACCCCAGCCCAGACCUGGAGAGUGCAUCGCUAACAACAUGAAACUCCAACAGUUUGGCUCAUCACUCUCCCUGCCUGACCGUGUGCUCACCUUCAUCCGGGAUCACCCCCUCAUGGACAGGCCAGUGCUUCCGGCUGAUGGCCACUCCCUGCUGGUCACUACAGAUACAGUCUAUCUCAGAGUUGUGGCCCACAGGGUGGCCAGCCUCUCAGGGAAAGAGUAUGAUGUGCUCUACCUGGGAACAGAGGAUGGACACCUCCACAGAGCUGUGCGGAUUGGAGCCAAGCUCAGCGUCCUUGAGGAUCUGGCCUUAUUCCCAGAGCCACAGCCAGUUGAGAAUAUGAAAUUGUAUCAAAGCUGGCUCCUGGUUGGGUCCCGUACUGAGGUAACACAAGUGAACACAACCAACUGUGGACGUCUCCAGAGCUGCUCAGAGUGCAUCCUGGCCCAAGACCCUGUCUGUGCCUGGAGCUCCCGGCUGGAUGCAUGUGUGGCCCAUGCUGGGAAGCAUGGAGGGCUUGUUCAAGACAUAGAGUCAGCGGAUGUCUCUUCUUUGUGUCCUAAAGAACCUGGAGAACACCCAGUAGUGUUUGAAGUUCCUGUGGCUACAGCUGCGCAUGUGGUCUUGCCAUGUUCCCCAAGCUCAGCCUGGGCAUCCUGUGUGUGGCACCAGCCCAGUGGAGUGACUGCUUUUACCCCUCGUAGGGAUGGACUAGAGGUGGUGGUAACCCCAGGGGCCAUGGGUGCUUAUGCUUGUGAAUGUCAGGAGGGUGGGGCAGCCCGGGUGGUAGCAGCUUAUAGCUUGGUAUGGGGCAGCCAUCAGAGCCCCUCAAGUCGGGCCCGCACUGUGGGGGCUGGACUGGCUGGCUUCUUUCUGGGGGUUCUUGCAGCAUCUCUGACUCUCCUCCUGAUUGGUCGACGUCAGCAGCGACGGCGGCAGAGGGAACUUCUGGCUAGAGACAAGGUGGGCUUGGACCUGGGGGCGCCGCCAUCUGGGACCACAAGCUACAGCCAGGAUCCUCCCUCUCCCUCUCCUGAAGAUGAGCGGCUGCCCCUGGCUCUAGAUUCUCAAGGCCUUAACAAAGUUAAAGGACCACUGCCCCCACGUCAUGACACCGUUGGCCAAGCUGAGAUGGUGCCACUCAGCAGCAGCUCUUCUGCCCCAGCCCACCUGCUCUGUGGCCAGCCCCUGGACCUGCAGCUCCUGGAUGCCGUUUCAUUUCUCCAGACCCUGGAAGCUGAGCUCUGUGCAUAUUUGAAGACACUAUCAACUCUCACUAAACUUAAAGACUUCUUCCUGCUUCACAGCUCACAGAUGCUUUAG